CACCACCACCAACCAAAAACCCCCAACUGCCGAGGUCGCCGGCGACUCCGUCCGCUCCGCGCCACGGGUAUGUCGUUCCACUACCCCGACCAUGGGCUAUCCAUGGACGCCGCGGCAGCGGCGGCCGCCGCCGCCGCCGCGUCGUCGCCGAACCCUAGCGGCUUCUCCCCCGGCGUCGGCGGGGAGAGGGAGAAGGCGGCCAUUGCGGCGCACCCGCUGUACGAGCGCCUUUUGGAGGCGCACGUCGCCUGCCUCCGCGUCGCCACCCCCGUCGACCAGCUCCCUCGCAUCGACGCGCAGAUCGCCGCGCGCCCCCCGCCACUAGCCGCCGCCGCCGGGGCCGCGGCAGCGGGAGGGCCGUCCGGCGGCGAGGAGCUCGACCUCUUCAUGACGCACUAUGUAUUGCUCCUUUGCUCAUUCAAGGAACAACUCCAGCAGCAUGUACGUGUUCAUGCAAUGGAAGCAGUGAUGGGUUGCUGGGAGCUUGAACAAUCUUUACAAAGCCUAACAGGGGCAUCUCCUGGUGAAGGCACUGGAGCGACCAUGUCUGAUGAUGAAGACAACCAGGUGGAUAGCGAAGCCAACAUGUUUGAUGGAAAUGAUGGAUCAGAUGGUAUGGGCUUUGGCCCCUUAAUGCUGACAGAGGGUGAACGAUCCUUAGUUGAGCGUGUACGGCAGGAGCUAAAGAACGAGCUUAAGCAGGGUUACAAAGAAAAGCUUGUUGAUAUCAGGGAAGAGAUUAUGCGCAAGCGCAGAGCUGGGAAACUUCCUGGAGAUACUGCAUCUGUGCUGAAAGCUUGGUGGCAAGCUCAUUCCAAGUGGCCAUACCCAACUGAAGACGACAAGGCACGACUGGUGCAGGAAACGGGAUUGCAGCUAAAGCAGAUUAACAACUGGUUCAUCAACCAACGCAAACGGAACUGGCACAGCAACCCAACAUCCUCGGGUGAAAAGACUAAGAAGAAAAGGUGAUAUUGAUCCAGAGCAAUCUUGACGAUGCUAAACGUCCACUGUGUACUUUAUGGCGAAGUACAUUACCCUCCCUCCGUAGCCAGGAGCGGAGAUGUGCAUCUUGGGUGGCCCAGUGGUCACUUAAUGCCCCAAGUUUGACCACGUUGUGGGACUGGUGCUAGUAGUGACCUCUGCAGUAUAGUAAUAUUCACUAAUGUUGUGGGAAUCAUGUGGUGUAUAACCGGCGAACGGGAGGGAGUAAUUUAUGUUUUAUUGUAAUUGUCUAUCUUUACCUUGUAAUGAUAUUUUAGGGAGAAUCCCAAGAUCUCAGAAUGGCCGUUCACUGU